GUGCUGAUUCUUUCAAAGAUGACGGGGUCUACUCCAGGUAUUUUACAUCUUAUUCAGAAAAUGGCAGAUAUAACUUAAAAGUGCGGGCUCACAGAGGAACAGACUCUGUCAGACGAAGCUUGCGGCACCCACUGAAUAGAGCUGCCUAUAUACCAGGCUGGGUGGUAGACGGGGUAAUUGAAGUGAACCCGCCAAGACCCGAAACUAAUGAGGAUACUCAGACAAUAUUGGAGAAUUUCAGCCGAACAGCAUCUGGAGGUGCAUUUGUGGUAUCACAAGUUCCAGACACUACAAAUGCUCCCUUGCCUGACCUGUUCCCUCCAAGUCAAAUCACAGACCUUGAUGCCACAUCUGAGGGGGAUCAGAUCAACCUAACAUGGACUGCGCCAGGAGAUAAUUUUGAUGUUGGAACAGUCCAAGAGUAUAUCAUAAGAAUAAGUGGAAGUAUCAUUGAUCUAAGAGACAAUUUUGAUGAUGCACUUCAAGUGAACACUACCGACCUAUCACCAAAAGAGGCGAACUCCAAGGAAACCUUUGCAUUUAAACCAGGAAACAUCUCAGAAGAAAACAUAACCCACAUAUUCAUUGCCAUUCAAAGUGUAGACAAAAGCAAUUUGACUUCAAAAGUAUCCAAUAUUGCACAAGUGGCUUUGUUUAUCCCUAAAGCAGAUCCUGGUCCUGAUGAAGGCCAAUCAAAUCCUAAUCCUGGUGAAAGUCAUCCUAAUCAUGAUUCUGGAGUUAAUAUUUCUACAGUGGUGCUAUCAGUGGUGGGGUCUGUUGUGGUUAGGGAAUGUGCUCAGUUAUUCUCAAUUCAGAAUGAUGUUGGCUUUGCGUUUGUUGUGUAUAGCAUUUACAAUGUUGAGGACAUGGUCACUAUAGCAACUACUUACUUGCCUGAAGUGACUGAAAAAAGAUUUUCUUUCAAAAAUGUUUCUAUAUGAAUUCCUGAGAAUUGGGAAAGAAGUUCUGAAUACAGGAGGCUGAAAACAUGACAGCUACAAACAUUUCAUUUUGGAGUUACAGCACCAGUCCUCCCAGACAGAGAUGAACCCGACACCAGGCAGUUCACAAACUAUGGAAAGAAAGCAGAACACAUUCAUUUCACCCUCAACUAUGUACUUGGAAAAAUACAAAAUGAGUAUGGGCCAUCAAGUAGAGUGUUGGUUCAUGAGUGGGCCCAUCUCCGCUGGGGAGUAUUUGAUGAGUACAAUGAAGAGAAGCCUUAUUACUCUCCAAGUCAAAAAAAAAUUGAAGCAACAAGGUGUUCCACAGGUAUCACCGGCAGAAAUAGAGUUUAUAAGUGUCAAGGAGGCAGUUGUGUAAAUAUACCAUGUAGAAUUAAUUAUACAACAAAGAAAGAAAAGAACUGUCAAUUCUUACCUGAUAAAAUUCAAACAGAAAAAGCAUCCAUAAUGUUUACGCAAAGUAUCGAUUCUGUUGUUGAAUUCUGUAAUGCAAAAAAACAUAACCAAGAAGCUCCAAGCCUACACAAUAUAAAGUGCAAUUUCAGAAGUACAUGGGAAGUAAUCAGCAAUUCUGAGGAUUUUAAAAACACCAUGCCUAUGGUGGCACUGCCCCCUCCACCUGCCUUCUCAUUGCUGAGGAUCAGUGAAAGAAUUGUGUGUUUAGUUCUUGAUAAGUCUGAAAACAUGAAGGAUUCUAACCGGCUAAAUCGAAUGAAUCAAGCAGCCAAAUAUUUCCUGCUUCAAACCAUUAAAAAUGGUUCUGUAGGAAUAGUUGAGUAUGAUAUCACUGCCCAAGUCAAAAGUCAGCUAGUUCAAAUAAUAAGUGACAAUGAAAGAAGAAAGCUCUUAGAGAGUUUACCUACAGAAGCUUCAGGAGGAAUUUCCAUCUGCUCUGGAAUUGAAGCUGCAUUUCAGCUUGAAAGUAAGGGAUUAGCACUGAACAACAAUCCCUGGAUGAAUGGCUCUCUAGUAAUUGAUAGCACAGUGGGAAAAGACUCAUUCUUUUUCAUCACAUGGGAUAAUCAGCCUCCUACUAUUUCUCUCUGGGAUCCUAAUGGAACACUGAUGAGAAGUUUCAUAGUGGACAGUCAUUCCAAAAUGGCCUAUCUCAGUAUUCCAGGAAAUGCACGGGUGGGCAUUUGGACUUACAGUCUUCGGGCCAAAGCAAACCCAGAAACACUAACAAUGACAGUAACUUCUCGGGCAGCAAAUUCUUCUGUGCCUCCAAUCACAGUGAAUGCUAAAAUGAACAAAGACACAAACAGUUUCCCCAGCCCGAUGAUCAUUUAUGCACAAGUUCUACAAGGAUAUGUCCCCAUUAUUGGAGCCAGUGUGACUGCUUUUAUUGAAUCAAACAGUGGAAAAACACAAGUUUUGGAACUUUUGGACAAUGGUGCAGGUGCUGAUUCUUACAAGGAUGAUGGGGUAUACUCCAGGUACUUCACAGCUUAUGAAGAAAAUGGAAUAUAUAGCUUAAAAGUACAGGCUUAUGGAGGAACAAAUACUGCCAUGAGAAGCUUAAAACACCCACUGAAUACUGCUGCACGUCUCUCAGGCUGGGUAGUCAAUGGUAAAAUUGAAGAGAAUCUACCAAGUCCUGAAAAUGAUGAGGAUACUCAAACAUUUUUGGAGAGUUUCAGCAGAACAGCAUCUGGAGGUGCAUUUGUGGUAUCCCAAGUUCCACAGCUUCCUUUGCCUGACCAGUUCCCACCAAGUCAAAUCACAGACCUUGAUGCCACAUCUGAGGGGAAUCAGAUCAAUCUAACAUGGACAGCACCAGGAGAUAAUUUUGAUGUUGGAAAAGUUCAACAGUAUAUCAUAAGAAUAAGUAGAAGUAUUAUGGAUCUAAGAGACAAUUUUGAUGAUGCGCUUCAAGUUAAUACUACCAACCUGUUACCAAAAGAGGCCAACUCCAAGGAAACCUUCGCAUUUAAACCAGGAAAUAUCUCAGAAGAAAAUGCAACCCACAUAUUCAUUGCCAUUCAAAGUGUAGACUUCCGCAACAAAAGCAAUUUGAUAUCAAAAGUAUCCAACAUUGCACACGUAGCUUUGUUUAUCCCCCAAGCAGAUCCUGGUCCUGAUGAAAGCCAACCAAACCCUGGAGUUAACAUUUCUACCUUGAUGUUGUCAGUGGUUGGAUCUGUGGUAGUUGUUAGUAUUAUUUUAAGUACCACCAUUUAUAUUUUAAAGAAGAAAAAAAAUGCAAGUAGACCAAGGACUUGGUUUUAA